UAAAUAUCACCACAUUUUGUUAAGUUAAAAAAACUAUAUAAAAAAAAAACUUAUUUUGUUCAUUCUUUUAAGUUUAAAAACAGUCAAUUCAUUUAUAUCAUCUAUGAUGAAGAAACUCAUUCAACUCUCGUUCACUGUUAUGAUUAUCUUCACCAUUCUUGUGCUAGGAGUGGUGGCAAAUGAGGGGCUAGGAAAACCAAAAAAACAAUGUAAUGAGAUUCUAAAGCAAUCCAACUGUGUUGCUGCAGAGUGUGACUCUAUGUGUGUGAAGAAGAGGGGGAAAGGAGCCGGUUACUGCUCUCCUUCUAAAAAGUGUUACUGCUAUUAUCAUUGCCCUUAACGAUUUUAUUAUUUACAAUAAUAAGAGAUUUAUGAUAAAGUAGUAAAAUAAUGAAUCGGGUGUUUAUAGCCUAACGAUUGAUAUAGUUGUCUCUAUCAAAUAAACUAUAUAGACUAAAAGUAAUAAUAAUAAUGACAAUCAUAACUCAGAAGUUUUUGUUUAGUCUAACGACAUCAUUUGAUACUAAUUGAAAAAAAAACAAAUCACGAAAUUUGGCCGUUUCUCCAACAAUGUUUUUUUUUUUCUUUUUUUGAUUUAUAUUUUCUAUGUUUUUUUAUUAAUGUAUUUUCUUUUUACUCGUAUUAAAAAAAAAACUGAUUUGUUAUGUGACUAAAAGUUUUUCAUAACUUUGAACCAAUAGGCACUAGUAUUCAAUUACUUAUCUUAAAAUCUAUAUUUCAUCAUUAAUAUAAUAAUUAAUAA